UGAGAGCAGAAAUAUGAUCACAUACUAAGGAGUCUAAUCAAUCCUGGUUUCAACACUGAGCCUAUUUAAAAUAGAUAAUGGAAUUGCUGUUCCUUGUUCUAUUCUCUGUGCACAUUCUCAAGACAGAGGCAGUAGUAGGAUACCACUGGUGCUAUCAGUCUCAGAAGGAAGAGCAGCCCACCUGUAAAGAUCCUCGACAAUGGCAUUUAAUAGAUGCCACCUGCAAAGGAAGCUAUCAGUCUCCUAUCAAUAUUGUCACCAAAAAUGUCAUUUAUGACAAGAGCCUGCAGCCACUGAAUUUUGAAGGUUACGAUGUGAAGGGGUCUUCCAAAUGGAACAUCGAGAACAAUGGACACACAGUUAAAAUAACAUUGAGCACAUCCCCUAAAAUCGGAGGUGGAGGUCUGAGAAGAAAAUACAGAGCAAUAGAACUUCACUUCCACUGGGGAGCCCCAGAAACGGUGUACCUUCCUGGGUCAGAGCACAGCAUAGAUGGAGAAAAACAAGCUAUGGAGCUUCACAUUGUCCACAUAAGAGAAGAUGCUGUGGAUAUAGAUAGUGCAAAGAAAAUUCCAGAUGGGAUAGCUGUGUUAGGAUUCUUCAUAAAGGUUGAUGAAGAAAAUAAAAACUACGCUACUCUAAUAAAUGAAUUAGAUAAUGUUCAAUACAAAGGGAAAACAUCGCAGAUGGACCCUUUGCCACUGAGUUCCCUUAUUCCACCUGAAGACGAUCUUAGAACGUACUAUCGGUAUGACGGCUCCCUCACCACUCCUGACUGCCACGAGGGUGUCAUCUGGACAGUGUUUGAGAAGCCAAUUGAACUCAGCAUUUCCCAGGUUUCUCAGUUCGCAAGAGUUCACUUUGAUGGGAAGAACUCAACAUACAUGACUGAAAAUUUUCGGCCUAUUCAGUUACUUAAUGAACGAUCUGUGUAUUGGUCCAGUGCCAGCACCCUCCUGCCUCCUGCUAAGGUUUUAAUGUUGGUCCUGACCCUUACGUACAUCCUGAGUUCUCUUUUCCAGUGAACCCUUCUCACUUUUUUUUUGGCCAGUUGUUUUUU